AACGGCCUUCGGCGUGGGGCGGUGACCGCGGGGUAGGCACCGCGUAGGGAGGAGGUGCGGUCCGUGUCUCAAAGGUUCCGCGCGUAGAGUGGCCAUGCUGCGAAGGUCGUUGCAGUUAGCCUUGGGCCGGGACGUCUUGGGCCGGGGUCUAGGCACACACAGAGGAGGCUCCACUCCGGAUUGGAAUGGAAAGAUGUCCGAGAUUAAGAAGAAGAUCCAGUCAGUCCUUCCCGGAGAAGCCUGGACUCAACUUCACGACACCAGCUACCUGCCCCCCGAACACUCGGAUGUGGUGAUUGUGGGGGGUGGUGUGAUGGGCCUGUCUGUGGCCUAUUGGCUGAAGAGGUUGGAGAGGCCACGGGGUGCUAUUCGGGUGCUGGUGGUGGAACGGGACCACACGUAUUCCCAGGCCUCCACUGUGCUGUCUGUGGGCGGGAUUCGGCAGCAGUUCUCGGUGCCUGAGAACAUCCAGCUCUCCCUCUUUUCAAUUGAUUUUCUGCGGAAUGUCAAUGAGUACCUAGCUGUGGUUGACGACCCUCCCCUGGACAUCCAGUUCAACCCCUCGGGUUAUCUCUUACUGGCUUCAGAAAAGGGGGCGGCAGUCCUGGAGAGCAACGUGCGGGUGCAGAGGCAGGAAGGAGCCAAGGUCUGCCUGAUGUCUCCUGAGCAGCUGCGGAACAAAUUUCCCUGGAUAAACCCAGAGGGCGUGGCGUUGGCAUCCUAUGGGAUGGAGCAUGAAGGUUGGUUUGACCCCUGGUCUCUGCUCCAGGGGCUUCGGCGAAAGGUCCAGUCCAUGGGGGUCCUCUUCUGCCAGGGAGAGGUGACACGUUUUGUCUCUUCAUCUAACCACGCAGAGACCCCAAGUGGGGAAGAGGUGACUUUGAAAAGGGUCCAUGAAGUUCACGUGAAGAUAGACCACAGCCUGGAGUACCAGCCCGUGGAGUGUGCCAUCGUGAUCAACGCGGCAGGCGCUUGGUCCGGCCAGAUCGCAGAACUGGCUGGUGUUGGGAAGGGGCCACCUGGCACCCUGCAGGGCACCAAGCUACCUGUGGAGCCGCGGAAAAGGUAUGUGUACUUGUGGAACUGUCCCCAGGGGCCGGGCCUGGAGACCCCGUUUGUCAUAGAUGCCAGCGGAGCCUAUUUCCGCCGAGAAGGAUUAGGCAACAACUAUCUGGGCGGCUGUAGCCCCACUGAGGAGGAGGAACCGGACCCAGAGAACCUGGAAGUGGACCACGAAUUCUUCCAGGACAAGGUGUGGCCCCCUUUGGCCCAGAGGGUCCCGGCCUUUGAGUCUCUGAAGGUUCGGAGUGCCUGGGCUGGCUAUUACGACUACAACACCUUUGACCAGAAUGGCGUGGUGGGUCCCCACCCUCUCGUUGUCAACAUGUACUUUGCCACGGGCUUCAGUGGCCAUGGGCUCCAGCAGGCCCCUGCUGUGGGGCGAGCUGUGGCAGAGAUGGUGCUGCACGGCAACUUCCAGACGAUCAACCUGAGCUCCUUCCUCUUCAACCGCUUUCACUUGGGAGAGAAGGUCCACGAGCACAACAUCAUCUGAGCCCAUAAGCUCCGCCGGCCCAGCUGCCCCGUGCGUCACCCUUGGCUCAUGUUCACAUCUGCCUCGCUGUGACUUCCUCCCCAGUCCCAAGCCAGACUCUCCUCCACCCUCCUCUCCCCACACCCUGCUCAUCCUGUCCCACGGGGUUGGGCAGGCAGGCAGGCACACUGGAGGCUCUGGGAGGCAUGUGCCUGAGGCCCAGGCCAACAGAAAAUGAUGGGAUGAGACCCAGGACUGAUCUCUGGCCCGGGCCAAGGCCACCCAACGAGGUAGUGCAGCUGGACAGAGCACCUGCGCGUGGGCCCCUGCACUGGCUUCUUCCUGGUAGUGACCGGGAAAAAUGGCCUCUGCCUCUCUGGGCAGGCACCAGCCCAGGCAGGGAGCAGGGCAGCCUGGCCCAGGCUUAGUGAUUGUUUACCCUAUUCAUCAAUCAAUAAAUGCAAUU